AUAUUAAAACAUUUGUUUUAUCACAAUAUUUUAUUUUGAAUAGGCAUCAAAUUAACAUUUUUUAGGGGAAAAAAUCAAAUGACUUGAUGUCUCUGAAAAGCAGACCAAAAGCAUGUGGAAGUUGUUUCUAUUGGUGAUCAGCCACCUUGGAAAAGGGAAGUUGUAUUUUUGGACUGUGUACCCUUUUGGGUAUGAAUAAGUGUCUUUGAGGACAAGACAUCACAGAAAAUGGUUGUUUUUCUAUUCAUUAUCACAAGCAUUCUUGGUGGAGACUGCAGUGAAUCCUCAAAAUUGGUGGUUGGACAGGUUGGGGAUGCCGUUACUCUUCCGUGUAUAUAUGAUAUUGACACACACGGUAUACUGGACAUUUGUUGGGGGAGACAUCAGUCAUUGUUCACCUGUGAAAACACUCUUAUCUCUACUGAAGGUUCACAAGUAACUUACAGACAGUCACGUAGAUUCGGCUUAGCCAGUGGACUCAAUCAAGGGGAUGUUUCUCUCACUAUUAAGGGCGCCCAGUUAGAAGACGAUGGACUGUAUGUGUGCCGUAUCCAGAUCCCUGGACUUUUUAAUGACGUUAGUCACAACGUUUAUCUACUCAUCAGAAACAUCUACUAUGCAUCAGACCAAACCACAUUCGUUACUGAAAAAUAUAUCAGACCAGAAACAACAACUGCAGAGGAUACUGAGGUCUACGUAGGCAAAGCCGUUGCAGUGGUCCACAAAGAGGAAACAAUAGAAACAUUUGUCGUAAAUACUAUAAGACUGGGGGCUAUUGUCUUCAUCCCUGGUUUAAUCAUUGCACUUCUGUUUAGACUGUGGCGCUAUAGAAAACAGCAGCAGCAGCAGGGGAAUUAAAACUCUUGCCCCCUUAAACCAACAGCAACACAUUUAACAGCAUGAAGUGUGGAGUGUUGAGGUCGGGAUUUACGUCACUGUGACUGUGUGAAACACUUGCACGAUGAUGUAUGAACAUUUUUAUGGUUAAUAAUUUAUAAAAUGAUGCACAUAAUCCGAUGAAUCUGAGAUUACUUCUUCAAAGCAACAUUGUUUAUGACUUUAAAAGCGGAACGAUGCUUAUACGUCUUCCUGGAUGAAGUCAUUUAUGUGGAAAUGCAUACACAAAAAGAAUUUAAAUCCUAUGUCACGAAGUCAUUGAUUUCUCAGAAAUCAAUGACAUAUGUUUGUGUUCUCAAUAAAGUUUUGUGCAUUUA